GAAUCAUUUCAACGGCUCCUCAGCUUGAUUUUUCUUCGCGUCAAAUUUCGAGAUUCUACACUCAACAUCUUUAUCACCAUUUGCCGCAAUACUUGCAUUCCAGUAUCGCACGUGGAGUUGGUGCUAAAUAGCAUUCCACCCAGAAGCCUUUCCACUAUUGUUCAUCUGAGACACACUCCUGAGCUUCCCAUGAGCUGCUAAAGGGUUGAUUCUUAUCAUUACACAACUCCAUCAUGGGUCUCUUGUCGAAUCCGCUCCGGCCGCGCGAGGACCGACUGCCUGUAUACAAAAAGGUUACAUCGCCGACAAAAGAACGAUAUUCAAGCGAUAGCUACUACUACUCAGAUGACGAGACAGAAGCUUCCAGUGCUGGCCACUCGAGGAAUAGCUCUCGCAGCGUCUCCAGCUCGUCCAUUUCAUCUGUCAAAAGAAAACUCAACCGUCCAAGCAGACUCAAACUGUCACCUUAUCGCCUACCGGCAAAGUUGGCAAGAUAUGUAUCCCUCAUCAUCAUUGGUAUUCUCUUACUCUUCAUACUAAGCUUGGUCCGUGCCAGCCAAGUGGAAAACUGGAAGGUUGCCAAUGGCAAACGACCAGCCAGACCGCCGCCUCCUCCUAUGUGGGAGAAGUUCCCCUUCUUAGAACGAUACUACGGCGGUAUCCGCACUCUCCAACCUUUUAAGCAAUGGAAGCCAGAGUAUCCCCGUUUUGAUGAAGAGCCCCAAGCACCAGCAACCACCGCUACGACGCAGCCUCAGUCACGAGAUAUUCCUGCGAGUCUCGAAUGGUCCCAGACAGUGGCCAAUAACACCCAAGGUCUGCAGGAGUGCUUCCUUAAUGCUGAGAAAACUAUCCGAAUCCCGAAUUUGCGCUUCUAUGAAGGCCGUGUUGCUGGCUUCCCCGAGCAUGUUGGCGGUUCCUAUGACCUCCUCGCGGUUCGCGAGGACGUCUGCUUUGAGCGCUUUGGAAGAUUUGGUCCCUAUGGAUUCGGUUACUCCCCUCGCGAGGGAGGACUCGGAAUCGGUCAAUUUGGUGAAAACGAGGGCUCUGAAGCUGUGUGGGGAAAUACUGCGCCUAUCGACUACCGUAAGAUGGAUUGGGCCGCCGCUCAGCGAAGAUGCUUCGAAUCCAACGCUGCCAACUUCAACCCUACUCCGGCCAAGCCUCAGCCUCAUCUUGGAUUCUACGUAGGCGAGGGCAGUGCCAAGACGAAUGAGAAGCGCGAUUCCAACACCACUGAUGCCAACAAGCCUCAGAACGAUGACGCCACCCUGUCUCGUACCGCAGUUGUUAUCCGAUGCUGGGAUGAAUACUUUUUCAGAGAAGACGACCUGGCUAACCUGAGAGCAAUGAUCACUGAGUUGUCGCUGAGCUCGGGUGGCCGUUAUGACAUUCACCUGCUUGUCCAAGUCAAGAAUGAUGCCAAGCAUCCCAUCUGGGCGGACAACGAACUGUACCAAAAACACAUUGAGGAGAGUGUACCCGAGGAAUUCCGAGGCAUGGUUACCAUGUGGACUGAGACGCAGAUGUUGGCUCUCUACCAGGGUAUUCACGACGUCUGGGCUCGAGGUCCUGAGCUUCCUGUACACGGUGCUUACCGCGGUUUGCCCAUGGCAAUGCAGCACUUUGCUUACAUGCAUCCCGAAUACGAUUACUUUUGGCAGUGGGAAAUGGAUAUUCGCUACACUGGUCAUUACUAUGACUUGUUGUCAAAGAUUGAAGACUGGUCCAGGAAGCAGCCUAGAAAGGGUCUCUGGGAGCGCAAUGAGCGCUACUAUAUUCCUUCGGUGCAUGGCACUUGGGAAGACUUUUCUCAGAUGGCUCGUGUCCAGUCAGAAAUGGGUGUUCAAUCCAAGCCAAAGAUUGCCGGUAUGCCAGAGCCAGCUCCAGAAGAGGCUACCCGCGCCAACAAGGUCAUCUGGGGCCCUGUUCGUCCAGAAAAUCAGGAAGACUGGUUCGAGCAUGAAAAUGACCCCGUACCUCCCACCGCCUAUGAGCGCGAUCGCUACGAGUGGGGUGUGGGCGAAGAGGCUGAUUUGAUCACCUUGAACCCCAUCUUCAAUCCUGAAGGCACGACUUGGCUGCUAAAAGAUGAUAUCACUGGUUACAACACUACUCGCGGUCUUCCUCCGCGCCGUGCCAGCAUCAUUACCACUUCUCGCAUGUCGAGACGUCUAUUGAUGAGCAUGCAUAGAGCAACAGCAUUUAAGAAGCAGUUUGCCUUCCCCGAAAUGUGGCCUGCCACUAUGGCACUCCAGCAUGGCUACAAGGCCGUGUACGUGCCUCAUCCCAUCUACGUAGACCGCAAGUGGCCAGUCGAGUAUCUUGCCAAGAUCAUCAACUCUGGCCACAACGGCGCCACAGGCGGUAACAAGAACAGUGUCUAUGGCGAUCGCGAACACAACUUGAGAGGCUUUACUUGGUUCUACAAUUCGGGCUUUGGACCCAACUUGUACAAGCGCUGGCUUGGUAUGACUGUGAACAAUGAUGGUGGCGAAACCUUUGAGAAGGAUGUUGAUGAGACCAAGGUUGGCCCUGGUGUUAACAACAUGCCUGGUGGUGAGGGGCGUAUGUGUCUUCCCCCGAUGCUGUUACACCCCGUCAAAGAGGUGGAUUUGCCAGCUGAGGUGAGAGAGGACGAGUUUGAGAAGGAGGAGGUGCCUGAAAACGCAAAGGUUCUAGAUGCAGCAGCGUAACCAAGCGCUUGUACAGUUUCUGCUUUCAGCCAGCACGUGUCUUUGAACGGCGUUUUGUUUUUUUGUUUUGGCAGCAUGAAGGAAAUCCAGAAUGAUAAAUGGUAGCCAUGUAUGUAUAUAUGUCACGAGAGUUUUAUGGAUAAUAGAAGUUACGGUCUCUUUUGC